UAAACGCCUGAGUUCAUUGAAGUCAGCUUUCCUAAAGUCUGGGGCGUGUUACACACUUCUUACGUUCAUGACUGUGGUGGCUGGGUACCAAAACUACAAUACAGAGGGAGUGGAGAAUGGACUGUAAUGAUUUUGCUUUUCAGAACAUCGAAAUCUGCAGCGCUGCAAAUUCUGACGCUUUGAGUCAAACUGGCCUGAGUCACCCCAGCAGAAGACUUGAUGUGGACAGCGUGUAUGAUCCUGAAUGCGAGGAGGACGGCACCUUUAAAUCCAUGCAGUGCGACGAAGACUCUAAUUUAUGUUGGUGUGUGGACAGCGCUGGAGCCAGGGUCACAGAUAAAACUGGGGAGGAUCCUAAAUGUGACCACCUAGUUUGGGUGCAUUUAAUCCAAAUAGACUUCAGCUUCAAGGCUGCCUUUAUAUUUCUCAAAGGGAAAGAAGAGGCACUUUGCAGGUUUGUUACCAACAGGACACUAGCUGCUCAGCUGGCUCUACGCUUUGCAGUGAGGGCAUGUGUGAUCUUAAACAUAACAGUACAAGAAUUCACUCGAGAGAUCUCUCUAAAAAUCAGCAGAAACAGUACAAAGGAGACAGUUGAUAUUGCUACAGUGGCCUAUUACACAGAGCAGGAGCUGAAGAACAAGUUUUCUCUGAGUCUGGAUGACAGGAAUCUUGAGAUAGACAAAGACUCAAUUCGUGUUUUGUUCUUUGACAAUGAACCACCUUGUUUUAACAUGAAGACUAUUUAUUUCUCCUGGCUUUGCUGCCAUCAUCAUAGCACUGGCUAUUGUAACUGGGAUUGCAGUGCUUGUGAGUAAUUUUAAAAACUUAUGUUGAUUUCCAUUGUCAGGUACAUUUUCAAAGACUAUGCAUACAAAGAAAUUACUGCACAUUCCACUGCUGUGCUCUACUUGACCUUGACAUUUUUUGUGCAAUUCAUUUACUUUGUAUUUAGUGGAUAAUGCUGCUUUACACUUUAUCACUUAAUUUGUAACAAAAAUGGUAGAUUAACUAUAGUUUGUAUGGGCUUGGGGCAAAAGGUGCUAGAUCAAAUAGGUUGUCACUUUUUUAUCCAGCAGUUAAUCUGUGUUCGGUUUUUAUCAGUGCUGUAAUUUUGUAAUUUAUGUGGUCCCAAGUGAUGUUACUCCAAUUAGUUUUUAAUGGCUGAGCUGGUUAUUUUUUUUUUUUCCUUUUAACCUGUAGCUGAUUACUGGCAUGCUGUCUUAUGUCUUAAAAUAUGUCAUAUUUGUUUACUGUAGUAAACUUUUGAACACAUCAUGAAAAGAUCAAUGAUGAAUAAAUGCUUGUAAAUUAUUAGAUGGAUCUUGCAUUCCUGAACAAUUAGUGAGCAAAUUCCCAGGAUAACUAUGAUGUACAUCAGUGGUUAGGUUGACAAGAUUUUCAGUUUAAAGAUCUAUUUUUAUCAAAAUAUGAAUCAAUGUAGGGAGCAUAAACCAAACAUAGAAUUAAAGAGUCCUUAGAUAUCCAUUUCCUUUUCUAGUAUGGGCUGUAUAUUACAGGGCUCCCAGUAGUUUUGGGAAGUAGAUUAUAGAACUAGAAUGUACUCUGGGGAUCCUGAAUUACACAACUAUCUGGAUAUGUAAAGUCAUCGCACUUUUUAUGCAGAUUGUGGUCAGAAGACGAGCAGAACAAGAACAUCUCUAAUUUGAAGUAGUAGGGGUGAGAUUCUUUACUUUGUGUUAAAGUGGCAAUACAAUAAAGUAAUUUAAGUAGCUCUCUUUUUUUUUUUUAAUUCUUGUAGGGGCAGGAAAUGGGAGUCUACCAGCUCAUUCAAAGGGACAGAUUAUGCUAUUAUUACUGAAGUGUUAUCCCUAAGGACAUGGCUUGUAGUUUAAGUAAAUGUUAUUGCUCAGGAAAUUACAGAAAGAGCUUGAAUUUCUCUGUGCAUCGUUAAACCUUGCAUGAGCACACAAGGUUCUCCACUACUAGCCUUUAGAGAAGAGGUUCAGCCUUUGUGCCUUUCAGCUCUCUGCUACAGUGGAAGGUUCAACACACAGUGUAGAGCUUUAGAAAAUUUAUACAAAUCUGGACACUUACAAUAUAUUCUUUGUUCUGUUCUGUAAGAUAAAUUAGUGGCUCUGUUAGACUAUAUACACAAGGCUCUGCCUCCUACCAGCCUCAUAAACCUUAUUAGAGCUAGCAAACUGAAAACAUUGUAUAGAUCUGGGAAAACUAGCAAUGGCAUAGUCUUACAGAAAAGUUAGGAAAAGACAGGCUGCAUGUCACCUUUAUGUAAGUACUAGCCAAUUGCCCGUCAAGAAUGACAGGGGGGAGGGGGCUGGGCUGGAGUGCCACCUAUUAUGCCCUAUGCUGCUGCUGUUCUGCCUCUUGCAGGGAGCAGGGUGGGGGAGGCGAGGUCAGAGCUGCUGGCCCCAGCUCCCCACCCUCUGUCCAGUCUUUGGCAUCAUGGCACUGUUCCCCCACACUUGAAGCACUCUGAUUGGCUGUUUGUCAGCCAAUCAGAGCAUGAAUAAAGCAUUACAGACAGACUUAGGUUUUUAUAAUAUUAGAAUCAGUGAAUGAACACCAGCUUUUAAACUCAUCUAUACUCAAGCACUUUGAACAGGUAGGCUCAGUAUUUGUUGCAUUUAUUUUUAUGUAUGGGACCAAUUUAAAAAUGCUGUUUGAACUGCUAUGGCUUCAUUUUUGUCCUGUUACAAGGUCUCCUUUACAUCUUAUUUAAAAAACAAACAAACAAACAAAAAACAAAACUUAAGAUUGAACUCUAUUAAUUCCUAACCAUUUUAAAAGCCAUUUGUACUAAUACUGUAAUAUUGUGUAGAAAAAAUAAAGAGUAAAGACACAGCUGUUAA